UGAAAAAGGUAAACACGGAAGUUCAAUCCUAAAUAUAGUCUGGAUGAGGUUGCUCUUAAUACGUGUCUUUUUAGUGAUUAAUAUGGUUAUAAAUCUGUAGCGGAGAACACAAAAGACCAAGAAAGCGUCAAAAAACCAAGCAGCUGAAUAGUGGUGUCGUUCAGGCUGAUAUAAAGUUUGUACCGCACACGGAGCUGAGAACUUGUGCUGAAGUUCAAUGGCUUCAGAUAAGCAAGUCACAUUUGUGAUCGUCGGUGGAGGAAUCGCAGGUGUAACUUGUGCAGAACAGAUCGCAUCGCAGUUCGUAUCAGAUGAAGUUUAUCUUCUGACAGCCUCACCCUUAGUAAAGACGGUUACAAAUUUCAAACAGGUGUCGAAGACGUUGGAAGAAUUCGAUAUCGAGGACCAGCCCUCCAGUGUUUUAGAAGAAAAGUAUCCCAAUCUGAAAGUCCUACAAUCUGCAGUCAAACUCCUGCGAGCUAAAGAACAUCUUUUACAAGCAGAGAAUGGUCAGACGUUUCAUUAUAAAAAGCUGUGUAUCUGCAGCGGAGCCAGACCCAAGCUUCUCACCCAAGAUAACCCUCAUGUGCUGGGCAUACGAGACACAGACAGCGCUCAGGAGUUUCAAAAGCGGUUAUCAAAGGCUAAAAGGAUAGUUGUCAUUGGCAAUGGAGGAAUCGCAUUAGAAUUGGUGUAUGAAGUAGAAGGUUGUGAAGUGAUCUGGGCUAUAAAGGAUAAAGCCAUAGGAAACACUUUCUUCGAUGCAGGAGCUGCUCAGUUUCUCAUCCCCUCACUGGAGGCUGACAAAAAAGAAAGAGCGUUGCCCUGCAAGAGAGCACGCUACACUACUGGCAAGACUGGAGCAGGCCACAGUGGGGCUUCAGGGGAGCUUGGCAGUGCCUUGGGCCCAGAUUGGCAUGAGGGGAUUGAACUAAGAGGAACAGUGCAGAAUUCCAGUGGAGUGCAUGUAGAAUAUGAGUGUGAGGUUGACAAGAUCUACACCCAACAGGAGUUCCUACAGUCCCAACUCAACACAAAUAAAUCUGAAUUAGGGCUGUGGCCAGCUUAUGUUCAGUUAACCAAUGGGAAGAUUUAUGGCUGUGAUUUCGUUGUUAGCGCAACAGGCGUUGUGCCAAACACUGAUCCUUUUCUCAGUGGCAACAAUUUUGAAUUGGCAGGAGAUCAUGGUCUGAGAGUGGACGAUCAUAUGCGGACGUCUGAACAGGAUGUGUAUGCGGCUGGAGAUGUGUGUACUGCAGGCUGGGAGCCCAGCGCUCUCUGGCAACAGAUGCGAUUGUGGACUCAGGCGCGUCAGAUGGGCUGGUACGCAGCACGUUGUAUGGCUGCAGAUGUUCUGGAGGAGCCUAUAGAGCUGGACUUCUGCUUUGAGCUGUUCUCACACAUCACCAAAUUCUUCAGCUACAAGGUGGUUUUGCUAGGGAAGUUUAAUGCUCAGGGUUUGGGUCAAGACCAUGAGCUUCUUGUGCGCUGUACAAAAGGCCAGGAGUAUGUAAAGGUGGUUCUGACUGGGGGCCGAAUGGUGGGAGCCGUCCUUAUCGGAGAGACGGACCUGGAGGAAACUUUCGAGAACCUCAUUCUCAACCAAAUGGACUUAUCCCGAUAUGGCGAGGAGCUUCUUAAUCCUAAUAUUGACAUUGAAGACUACUUUGACUGAAUCGUUCUGGUUAGUCAAUGACAAAGAUAUGAUUAAUUUAUUUUAAAGCUGCACCGUGCAAUUUAUGUUCUACGAAACAGUUGUUCAAAAAUAAUAAUUGUUUUCAAACACUUCACCAAUCUUACACCGGUCUUGCUCAGCAACAGGAAGUCCUACCUCAAUCUGUUGCCUUUGGUCGAGGCUAUAUUGUCAUGCUGAGCACGCAAAUAAACAGACUUCAAAUUAGUUUUCACAGCUAGAGGUGCAGAAAUUGCACAUUGUAUUUUAAAAGAGUAGUUCACCCACAAAUGGAAUACAUAAUUCACUCGCCCUCAUGUUGCUACACGU